AUGUCUUCUGCCGUGGCAAGGAUAUUUCUGCUGGCAGCAGCGGCUACGCCGGCGUUAGGCUUCUGCGGAUCACACACCCAUCUGGCUGCAAGGGCAGAGGGAGAGGCCGUCGAGGUCAACACCUUCGGAUACUUUGGACAAAUCGGUCCACUCAACUGGGUAGGACUUGACCCUGCAGCCAACGCACUAUGUGCUACCGGCACGCGCCAGUCUCCCAUCAACAUGGUUGAGGGUCAGUUUACACUGGUGCCAGCCAGCGAUGUUGUCCUUGAGAUUCCCGACCAACCUGAGGGAAUCACGUUCGAGAACCUUGGAACCACGAUCGAGGGUGUGAUGGAAGGCAAGGGGGGCAAGCUAGCGAUGAACGGUGUUGAAUUCGAGCUCAAGCAGUUUCACGUCCAUCAUCCGGCUGAGCACAUUGACAAUGGCGUCAGUGUCGAGAUGGAGAUCCACAACGUCUUUGAGAGCGCCGACGGCCAGAUUGCUGUACUGGGUGUCUACGCUGAAGUCGAUCUUGGCACGCCGGUGAGCGUAGUCCAAGGGAAGCGCGAUGUGGCCAACCGCCGCCGUAACUUGCUCGCCCAGCUCCAGGCGGGCCAGAACUUCACCCUCAUGCCGUCGUCAUCCGUUGUCCCGCAAACCAACGCUGUCUCAUCGAACCUCUACGAGACACUGUUCCAAUCAGUCGAGCAGAUUGCCGCGCCAGGAACCAAGGUCACUUCACAACCGCUUGUGUUCUCCGAGUUAGUCGAGACGUUGAAGGCCGGUUCAUUCCAGGCAUACUCGGGUUCCUUGACUACGCCCCCUUGCAGCGAGGGUGUCAACUGGAUGGUUGCCACGCAGAAGGUCAAGCUAUCCCCUGCCACUAUCCAGAGAGUUGUCAACGUGGUGGGCUUCAAUGCCAGAUUCCCUCAGAACGCCCUGGGCCAGCCCAACGUUCUGUCCUUUGCAACAGGCACCGCCGCUCCCGUUGCCGAGGCACCUGCUGCCGCUCCCGUUGCCGAAGCUCCUGCCGCGGCACCUGUCGCUGAAGCCCCCGCCGCCGUACCUGUCGUUGAAGCCCCUGCCGCAGCUCCUGUUGCUGAGGUUCCUGCUGUCGAAGCCCCCGCCAAGGCCCACGGUGCCUAG